UUUAGCGCCAUCUAGCAGAAAAUUUUACAACAGGAACUUGCCGAGGGAAAAAGUCAAUACAUUAUAUGUUAAGCCGUUGCAUUCUACUAUUUGCUGUUUAUAUUUAUAUUUCUGAGGCUGUUGCUGCAUGACAGUAUAUGAAAAGAUGGAAUCUCUAUAAUGAAGAGAUCUGAUGCUCGGGCACAGCUAACAAAUGCCGCAGAUAACAGCAACUUGGAGUCAGAAAGACCCCCAUCUUCAUCAUCAUCCUCUUCAUCCCAAAGUCAGAGUCAGUCGGGGUUACACAUCACAGAAAGGGAGCCUGACCUGUCACUCACCAAUUCUGAUGUAGCACACAGCAGCUCUCGAGUGCCUGCUCAGCUCCAGGAGCCCAGAGAAACAGCAGGGACAAGCGGUGUACAGAGAAGGGCAGAUAAAAGGAAACAUGAGGACUCGGAGGAAGAGUCUUCACACAGGAGCAAGAAGCAGACUCCCAGAGGUUCACAAGACAUAACAAAUCCAGCUUUGAUUAAUAACAGAAAACCUGUUUCUCAAAACCAUGGUGGGAAAGCGGAUGCUGAUGCAAAGGUGCCACAGUUGCAAAGGGCUGUGGCAUCAAUCUCAAAAAACCCUUUUGUUUUUAGUUCACAUGUUGUAGUGCCAGAAACAAGAAAGUCAAAGAAGUCAGCUCAGGGUAUACAUCCCUCUACAGCUCAGUCAGUGGUUCAGAAUGAAUCGAAAAGGCAGACUAAACCUGCAACUGCAACAUCACAUCAAUCUGCAGUACAGAGUCGCAGUGUUGGAGCUGCAGAAAUUACCAGUCCAGGCAUGUCUAUAAGUAGUGCUAGAUACCAGAGGGAACUGGAGGAGAGAUUGACUCAAAGGGCUGCCAGCAGCUCCAGAGCUCAAACAAGAGCCAGAGUGGAGCGUUCUAUUCCAACCAGAGUACCAGUGCAAGACCCAGCGGGGGUUCAGUCUAGACAUGGCUUCAUACAUAACCAACAACGGACCCCAUUACCUAGAAAUAUAAGGGGACAGUUGACAAGGUCUUCUUCGGGAGAGCAUAUACGAAGCUUGACACCAUCAGAAUCUGUGCGAAAUGCAUUUAGCCAUCAACGAACAAUGCUGACCAACCAUGAAAACUCCCUGUUGUUGUCACACUCCCCUGCGGCCAGUUGUUCCUCCACCUUACUCCAGCUGCCAUCGGAUGGUCUGUUUCCACUGUACCCCCUGGGUCAGCCAGACGACCCCACUUUCAGGUCUCCCCUAGAGUUGUCUACGACCCUGUCACAGUUCACGCAGGAAAAUCUGUUCACCUACCCAUCAUUCCACUCGUCUUCGGAGUCUCUAGUGUCACAGGAUAAUUACCCAGCUGCCUCUGUCCCAUCAAACAGGAAGUCAUCGAGGUCCUCUGGAGAAACCUCCUCGGAAAUUGUUGUCCCUCCCUCUAGUGUUGGAAUCAAGAGAGCAGGACCUUAUCUUUUGGGUCCCAGACUGGGCUCCUCCCCCGUCAGAAGUAUCGUACAAUGUCUGGCCAGGAAGGAAAAGACAGAUGACUUCUAUACAUUGAAGAUCCUGACCCUGGAAAAGCCGAGGAGAGAGAGCCAGGACGGUAAACAAGGCAAGAUGUUGCUGCACACGGAGUACUCCCUGCUGAGUCUGCUGAAGGACCAAGAGGGGGUGGUACACCACCAUGGGUUGUUCAAGGAUGAAGCGUGGGAGGAACGAGACACGUUGGACCAGUGGGGUCACGUGGAGUUCACCGGUCAGAAGAAGACGCGCCUCUGUCUGGUGCUGGACUGCCUGACCCCCCACGAUUUCAGCAGCAAGAACGCGGACUUGAUCAAUCUCCAGCACUACGUCAUCAGGGAGAAGAAACUGUCGGAGAAGGAAGCCAUCGUCAUAUUCUAUGACAUCGUACGCAUUGUGGAGAACCUACACAAGAAAAACAUUGUCCAUCGAGACCUAAAACUUGGGAACAUGAUGUUGAACAAGCGAUCGCGUAGAAUCACGAUCACAAACUUCUGUCUGGGUAAACACCUGGUGUCGGAGAACGAUUACCUGAAGGAUCAGCGAGGGAGUCCCGCCUACAUCAGCCCCGACGUCCUCAGCGCUAAGCCGUACUUGGGUAAGCCCAGUGACAUGUGGGCGUUGGGCGUGGUCCUAUUCACCAUGUUGUAUGGACAAUUCCCUUUCUAUGACGUGGUGCCACAGAAACUCUUCUCCAAGAUCAAGGCAGCUGAAUACACCAUUCCUCAGGAUGACAGAGUAUCCAGUGACACCAUCAACAUUAUCCGGAAACUCCUGGUGCUGAAUCCGGACAGUCGCUUCACCGCCUCCCAGGUCCUGGUGGCCCUGACCGGGAUCAUAGACAAGUGGAAAGCCAUGUCCUCUGAGUCAGGUCCCUUACAAGUGGUUCCUGAGGUGGACAUUGACAGCAUGGACACAAAGUGUGGGGGAGACCCCUCCCCCUCCCAGGAAUCAGACCCAACUUCCUUCAACAGUAAAACGGACACCACAGCCUUCAGCCAGGAUUGUCCUUCUGCUGACGGUCAGGAGAUCAGUAAACAGUGUAAGGUGGUGCGCGGAGGCAGGCGGCGGUCGUCCGUACAUCCACCUGUCCAGAGAAUUAAUUACGAUGCGGUGCCCCUAACAACAGCUGAAGUGGAGGCCCAUCAACAGAUUUUCAGCCAAAAUAGACCAUAAUGUGCUUCAUUUAGAUUUUGGAUUACACUGCAGGCAGAGAUUUGCCUCUGGUUAUAGUUUCAAAAGUCAUUCCCGCUGUAGGUGUAUGGAAGUAGUGUUAUUUUAUUGUAGAUUACAUAGAGGUAUUUAGAGUAUCAUGACAUUGUUUUUGUGUUUUUUUCAGGUGUUCAGGUAUUUCUUUUUUUAGAAAAUACUGGUUUUUCAUGGGCAGGGACGUCAAUACAUAUUUUAUCAAUCUGUCUUGGAAAUAAAUAUUCACUUUCAAGGCACUAGAAUUGCAUGGGCACCACUCAAUUACUUUCCAUUUAUAUAUUUAUUUAUGUGUAAUGUACCAUAGGUUUUUUAAAAAAAUGAUUUAUUGAGAAAUGAAAAACCCGUAAAAAAUUGUGUAUAUUUGAUUUGCCCAUUCAGCUUUUAUAAUUAUCGAUUUGAAUUUACAAGAUAUCUAUAUAUUACAUUUCUGUAUACGCAACUGAGACCAAUUUUGAUACUUUUUUGGGGGAAAAUUUGUUUUCUAUGAAAUCUAUUUUAUAAAACAGCCAUAGUGGUGCAAGUUUACAGCAGAAAAAAAUAUAUUUUCAGGGGCUAUCGGUAUGAUUUUAUAGAGUUUAAUUUCAUGUAAAUUUAGAUGUGGGGAGUUUUUCUAACAGUUUAUUAAGCAUAUUUGAUUUAUAUUUUUUUUCAAAUAAUGUGAAAUGUUGGAGUUGAGAACUCCAAAGCUAUAGAUUGAAUCACCUGGUAUGUUGUAGAUUCUGUUAGUGCUAUUAUAAAGUGCAAAAUCAUGUUAAAAUUUAAAGAUAUAAACGGGCUAUCUCAUUCUGACUUUGUGCAGUAGCUCUCUUUGUAUGUCAGUUAAGUAUUGUAAGUUCUUAUAGAAGGUUUAACUUAUAGUCUGUAAUACUGAGAUAAAUAAGGGGUUUAAUGGUAGUUUACUCUAAAAAUGGUACAUGUACCAGGUAAUUUAUGAGUGGGGGAAAUUAUUACCCAUGUAUAUUGUCUGAAUAUAGGAAACAUGUACUUGAACACCAAUUAUAAAUGGCCGCUUUUCAGGACUGUCUGUUAUUUUUUAGAUAUUUAUGAUUACUUCUAAAAUUAUCCUAGCAAUAAAUAUGCAUGCAGUAUACUUUCCAUUGCAUUAGAAUUGUCCAGGUGAAAUGCAAUGGUAUAGAUAUUGUAAGAUAAAGACUUCAUGGCAUGGACAGUAAUCUUUCUUUGGGUUUUAAAUGAACAGGGCAAUAUUUAACCUGGAGAGUUCUGCCCCUUUUAGCAGUAAGUUGAUUCUUUGUUUAAUAUUAUAUGAAAAGUGGUUACUUAUCCUGUAGUUCAAAAUGGUUAAAAUAUAGGGCAAACUGUUAAUUGUUGUUAUUGGUGUGAAACAUUUUAUUGUGUUUACCAUAAAUAUAUAUUAUAUAUGCAUGUGUGUAUACAAAGAAAACUUUACCAAGGUUGAUAAAUAAUGGAGGUUGUAAAAAAAAAUGAUGUUAAUUUAUUAUCUGUUUUUGUUUUUAUUUAUUGUAUUGCAUUUGUGCCAAAUGUAAGCCUAUUUGAUUACACCAAAUGAUAUCUCAGAAACCAAACAGAAUUUGAGAGAACAAAUAUGUGUGUACUGUGUAUGUCUUAUCAACUUGUGUGUUUUGUAGCGUAAGACAAAUUUUUAUCCCAGAUUUUGUAGACAUAUUGUUUGCAAGGUUUAUUUUUUUCUAUUACCUUGUAAAUCAAAUGUGCUGUAUGUCUUUCUCUUGCUUGUAUUCAAUGAAAUUUUUAAAAAUGAUGAAGUCAAAAACUUUGUGGGCCAGUUUUAAACAGAUCAUGCUGCAUUCUCCUGUAAUUUAUAUAUUUACAUAUCUAUUUUCCAUGAUUUUGGGAUUAUUUUUCAAAUUUCUAGUUCAGAUUGGUAUAAAUAUCUAAAUCUCCUAAAAUUCACCAAAAUUUUACUCAUCAAAUAAACAAAAUUGGCAGGCAUCUUGCUAAGGCAGAUUCUAGAUUUUCUUGAAGUAGAAUCUGCAGCAAACAAGCAAAUUAUCUGUUGUUUUCUUUUUUGAUUGUGGAAGACCUUCUUUGUCCUACUCUGGCUUUGUGGGUAUUUAUUUUUGUUCAUUUGAACUUUUCAACAUUUUUUUGCAAUGAAACGAGAACGUGUGGGUGGAUUUUGAUAGAAAAAAUUUCAAAACUGCUGCAAUAAUUUGUUUCUUCUGGUUAUUUUUUUUUAAAAAGAUUUUGUCAGUGUUGUGUGUCUUUUUUAAAAAUUUUUAGCAAUUGCAAAUAUAGUCAAGGUGGUAUGGGACACCUACAUGUUGUGGCGUAUUAUUUAUCAAAAUAAUAAAAUCAAGUAUAAUUUUAUAAGUAGUUCCCUUUCCAAAGUUGUUAUCUAACAGCGUAGCACAGUGGGUUGGAGGGCUCACGUCUUGCAAGUUAUGAGUUUGAAUCCCGCUGUGGAUUUUAAAAGAUUUUAACAUUUCAAAAAAUUUUAAAACAUUUUUUGGUUAAAUAUUGUAAAAUUUGAAAAUUCUAAACAGGUGAAAGUAUUUCAGUUGUAAUUUACUUUAAUCCACAUUAGAUAUACCAACAGAUGUCCCAUACCACCUUAAGAAUCACCAAAGCAUAUUAAAAUGAAACAAAGAUUUGAAAACCUUUAUUAAAGUAUUUUGAUAAUGUACAAAUC